UGGCAGCUGCCGGGAUUUAGGGUGGCACUGCUGCUGGCGCAGGGGUGCUGGCAGCGCCGGCCGCGCUGCUGCCUGCCGGGGAAGUGACCGCCUGGAUAAGGACUUCUCGGUGUGAGUUGCCAUUGUCAGAAAGCCACAGGAGAGUCAGGGUGAAGUCAAGAGUAUGGUGCGUCCUUUCUAAGACAACAGAUUUUGUGGUAUAGUAUGGAUUUGACAUCACAACAUGAUCACCUAGAAAAUGGACUGAUAAGAGAAUUGGAAAGACAAGGAGGGGAAAAAGAUGAUGAACAGAUAGUUGCAGAAAUCAUGAGAAGGCGUUUUUUUCCUGCUCUUAUAACUCAUAAGGCCUGGGAAGGCUUUCACUUUGCUGACCAUGAGAUAAGAAUUACAGAAGCCACUGAUUGUUAUGGGGCAGUCGUCUGGCCAUCGGCCCUUGUUCUGUGUUAUUUUCUGGAAACUAAUUCUAAACAAUACAAUUUGGUUGACAAAAAUGUGAUUGAAAUUGGAGCUGGAACUGGUUUGGUCUCCAUAGUAGCCAGUUUACUGGGUGCACUUGUGACUGCCACUGAUUUGCCAGAACUGCUGGGAAACCUUCAGCACAACCUUCUCCAAAAUACAAAGCUGAAAUGCAAGCACCAGCCUUGUGUUAAGGAAUUGUCUUGGGGAAUUGAUCUGGAAAAGAACUUUCCUAGGUCUUCCUGUCACUUCGACUACAUUAUGGCUGCUGAUGUAGUUUACCACCAUCCUUUCCUGGAUGAACUCCUUCUAACGUUUGAUCACUUGUGUAAGGAUGACACUGUUAUUCUGUGGGCUAUGAAAUUUAGGUUGGACACAGAGAACCAAUUUGUGGGCAGAUUUCAGAUACUGUUUGACUUAGAGGUGAUUUCUAAUUUCCCCAGUUUGGACAUAACCUUGUAUAAAGCAAUGAGGAAAGGCAGGAUGAAAGCCAGACCUUCCAAACCAACAGCCUGAAAGAGACAUACAGGGAGGUGACAGUUUCAGCUGUUUUGCAGCUUGUGCUCUUUUUAAUAAUUUCCAUGUUAGUAGAUCUUAGCACCUGCGUGAAUGACAUUUUCAGAGAUAGCUAAAGCAAAAUAUCACAUUCCUGCUGCAUCCCCAACAAAUUCCUACAUUCAAUUUGCCAAUAGUUUUAUACACAGCAGAAAUAUCUUUGAAGUUUUCUAGACUUUCAUGUGCUAAGCUGACAACACUAAUAAUUUUCACAAGUCUUGCCAUUAUUGUUAUGCAUCAUGUAAUGAAUAUUUCUAAUAGCUUUCAAUUGCAGCCUUGAGUGGUGUCUUAUAAGAUCAACCAAUCAUUUAAACCUUAAGACUAUGAUAAAAUUUUUAUUUAAAAGUUGUGAUGUUAAAUCUGAUCUUUCCCCAUUCUCACUAUUGUGUAAAUCCUUCCUUUGAACAGCCUUUAUAAGACACUAAAUUAGCUGGAAAAAAAAAUACCUGGGAAAUAUACUGUCAUAAUAAAGGGAUAGAAUAUAUUAUUUAUCCUUUGAUUUAAUGAUUAUACUUUCUUCCCCUUCCAUUUUUUAUUUAGAAUCAGGGAUUCUUCAACAGAUAGCUGCACACAAGGCAAGAGGGGGUUAAAUGUUUCAUUGCUUGAACAAAAGUUUUGGAUAAGAAGAGUAGAGCAUAUCACCAGCUGCCCUUUGCAAAGACCUUACAUUCUUGGAGGUUUGUUCCUCCAAAAAUAGGUGGUUAUCUGGGCCUCGGGGAACAACAAUGUUAAAACGACAGUGGCCAUCAAGAGAUGAGUUUUGCACUGCCAGCUGGUGGUGACUGGAGGUAGAAAACUAAACCAGCCUGACACAGCGUGGCUGAGGCAUGGGCAGGCUUAGAUAUUUUUUUCUGUUUUGUAGUAUGGGCAAACUAAAUACUUUUCUCCUAACCACUCAGUAUUGCAUGUUCCUGUUCUCAGUAGUCAGAUUACUGUCCUUGAAAGCCUAUCAAACAACUUUUUUGGGGGAAGAUUAAUAAAAUGAUUCUUUGCACAGCCA